AUGUUUGUCUUUGUUGAUUAUUUUAGUCUGGAACAAUUACUUCGAAUGCAACUCAACCAAACAAAUUUACAAAGCAAGCCAAAAUAUAACAAAUGGCAACAAUAUGGAGUUACUGUUGCUGGACGAAAUGGGCAUGGAGAUCUAUCAAAUCAGCUCCAUUUUCCUAAUAGAAUCAAUAUUGAUGAUAAUAAUACCAUUGUGAUUUCUGAAAAUGGAAAUCAUCGUAUUGUUGAAUGGAAAUAUAACUCAAAGAGGGGUCAAAUCAUUGCAGGCGGCCAGGGAUUUGGAGGGGGACUGAAUCAAUUACACUCUCCACUCGGCGUAGCUGUUGACAAACGAAAGAAUGCGAUAAUCAUAUGUGAUUCUGGGAACUAUCGAGUGGUGCGCUGGUUUCGUCAAAGUCAAACAAGCCCACAAAUUCGCAUUUCUGAUAUUACCUGUUGGGGUGUAGCAAUAGACAAAGAUGGGUCUAUUUAUGUUUCUAAUUGGAUGAAGAAUGAAGUGAGACGAUUGAAAGAAGGAGAUACAUUUGGAGCGAUAGUUGCAGGUGGAAAUGGCGAAGGAAAUCUUCGGAAUCAACUCCACAGGCCUGCUGAUAUCUUCGUUGAUAAGGAUUAUUCUGUUUAUGUAUCGGAUAGUCAAAAUCAUCGUAUAAUGAAAUGGAAAAAAAAUGCAAAAGAAGGAAUUGUUGUUGCUGGUGGAAAUAGUGAAGGAAAUCAUCUCAACCAAUUACAUGGUCCUCAUGGAGUGAUUGUUGAUAAUUUAGGUCAAAUUAUUAUUGCAGACUCUGGCAAUAAUCGAGUUAUGAAAUGGCUUGAAGGAGAUAUAAAUGGUUCAAUUGUUGUUGGUGAAAAUGGUAAAGGAAAAGAAUCAAAUCAAUUAAAUGAUCCCAGAAGUCUGUCAUUUGAUGUUGAAGGAAAUCUUUAUGUUGCUGAUUGUCACAAUCAUCGAGUUCAAAAAUAUGAACUAUGUAAUGAAUAA